AUGGGCUGCCUGUAUAAAUCGCCGUUUGCCAUGGAAUGUUGGACGUUGUCAUGGUUCAUCCCGAGGGCGUAUUUGCGUAUUUCGUAUAGAUCACCCCACGCUACGGAUACUUUCAAUCGAGAUAACCCAACAAGCGCGCCGCUUUACGAGCUUGUCCAAACCGGGACAGUAACCCUAAAUUUACCCAAAGAGGAAAUUUCAACUUCUGAUCAUAACCUCCAGCCCGUAUGGACUCCGUUCAAUGAAGCAAAAAUGGGCUGCUGGUAUCCAUUAUCUGCAACAGUCAAUGUCUUAACUCUGAAGAUUCUGUUGGCUUAUCUUGUGUGCUGUGACGAUGAGGCACCUUGCGAUGAACAAGGCCCGUCCUGUGCAAACUGCGUUGUGCGGAAGACUGACUGUGUCUAUCAGUCGCCAGAGACUAAGCCAAGAGUUACCAGAAAGAAGUUGACGCUGCCGGCGCUAGUAAGGAGCUCUAAAGGCGAUUCGACGAGCAAUUCCCGGAAAAAGUUGGUUGAUGAAGCUUCUGGCUUACAGUCAGGAUUCUUUUCAAGAACGUCCUCAGAGUCCCCCUUGACGCUCCGCCCUUCUGCCUCUCCUGUGGCUUUUACCAGUACAAGUGAAUCAAAUAGAUUGUUGGAAAUGGAACUUUUGCAUAGAUGGACGACGAGGACUUGGAUGGGAUUAUACAGCAUCCCCGCAGAUGAACCAUAUAUGCAAAUAUUACUCCCCCGCGCAGCUUUGAAAGAUGACUACAUCAUGAAUAGUCUUCUCGCGGCAGCUGCAGUUGACCUGGCUCUAUCCUCAAACGAAUUCGAGUCUGCUACCUACCUCUGCGCAGCCUUAGAGUACAGCAACAAAGCCAGCGCCGGGUUCCGCUCCCAGCUCGAAUAUAUCAACGAGGACAAUCUCCAUUUGUUCUACCACCUCGCAGCGCUUUCAGCACUCAUGCAAUUCGUCCUUCCUAACAGGCAGCAGACCAUGCUAGAACGCGUAGACGUCAUCUUCAGCCUUAUGCUUGGCGCCUGUAACAUCGCGGCAUUUAACUUUAAGUGGCUAACAGACGCCCCCUGCUCAUCCCGCGACAUACUCUACUACAAGCCAUUAUCUAUGGAAAUCUUGGACCAAGACACACUUGCUGCCUUGCAGAAGCUUUCCAUCGUCAGUCGCCAGAUUCGCGUUCCUGCCUCAAGCCACACGGCCAUUUUUUCAGGAGAGGAAAUCCCUUUGGCCAGUGAGGAAUAUAUGAUUACCAUUGCGCAGCUAAAAUACUGCUUCGCAGAAGACUCCUGCGGUCGCAUUAAGAGUUACUUUUUGUCAAUGAUCCCCAUCGGCGGCCGAGAUUACAUUGGAGCAAUCAAGAAACGGGAGCCAAUGGCAUUAUUCAUGCUUAUGUAUCUUGGUGUUCUCCUGGAUAGAGCUGGUCGAGACUACAUGUCAUGGUGGGUGGGUCCGGCGGGGAGAAAGCUUGUAGAAGAAGUUUCGGGGAUUUUGGAGCAUUUUCCAAUAUCCCAGAUUCCAGAAGGGCGUGAGGCGAUGUCAUGGACUCGACAGCAGGUUGGCUUGCCGCCUUUACCAAUGAAUCAAGCUAUUGAGAAGGAAGCCGCCCGUUCACUUUCAGAAUUAUCUCUUGCAUUCCCCGUUGCCGUGUGA